AUGAACGAAGUGAACCUUAUUUCCGACCCAGCUUGGUUAACGGCUCUGAAAGCCAUACAGCUGUUCUUAGCUCUCGUGUCAAACAUGUUCCUCCUGUUAGACAUGACGAGAAAGGUUCGCUUCACCAUUGCCGAACCAAUCACAAUAAUAGGCUGGUAUAUUUCUGCCAUUUGCCUCGUGUGUCUUCAUGCGAUCGCAUCUGGUCCCCUACUCAACAGCCUGGGGAUAUCCGCAGACGAGAAGAUAUGGUCACAGGCUUUCUACUACGGUAUAUGGUCUGCCAUUUUAUACUUUGUCGCAGCGUCAAUACUGGUUAUUACAUUCUGGGGCUCACUACAUGGCCAUUACGAGGAAGACUUUAAUCUCAGUCACAGUCAGCGAACGCUCAUGCUGCAAACCAUGACAUUUCUCACGUUCCUACUUUUAGGCGCCCUCUUGUUCUCCAAACUUGAAGACUGGAAUUACCUAGACGGCGUCUACUGGGCUAAUGUAACGCUUUUCACCAUUGGUUUUGGCGACAUCGCCCCCAACACGGUACUUGCGCAGGCUUUGCUGAUGCCUUAUGCUCUUAUUGGUAUUACUAGCCUCGGCCUUGUCAUUAACUCGAUCCGAAGUAUGAUCGUCGAGCGUGGGAGCCAGCGCCUCGAUGCGCGGGCAGAGGAGCAGAGCCGUCUAAACGCCCUGCGGAAACUUGUUCGCAAGGGAAAGGGCGACAUGUUGACACCCCUUGAGUGCGGUGAUUCACCCGCCGAUGUCUCGAUCAGAGAGCUCGAGCGGCGUUAUUUGGAGUUUGGAUUAAUGCGUGCCAUACAAAAAAGGGCGUCCUCUCGGAGAAGAUGGACAGCACUAAUUAUCUCGGCGGUGUCCUGGCUUUGCCUGUGGCUCUGUGGCGCCGUCGUCUUUUAUAGAUGCGAGAAGACAGGCCAAGGCUGGACCUACUUUGAUGCUGUCUAUUUUUGUUUCGUAUCAUUUACGACAAUCGGCUACGGCGAUCUGGUUCCCAAGUCUAACGCCGGGAAGUCGUUUUUUGUUUUCUGGUCAUUGAUCGCUCUACCGAUUCUCACCAUCCUUAUAUCCAAUGCGGGCGACACAGUCAUCAGGGUUAUCAAUGAUGUUACAAUCCGAGUAGGAAGCAUCACUCUCCUACCUGGGCGUGGUGGAUUCGGCCACAAUAUGAAGCAACUACUGCAUCAACUGAGCUGCGGCUACUUGUAUUCCGGGUCUGAAGCAGAAGAAAGUUUCGACUUGGAGAAGAGAACCGCUCGACCGAGAGGGACUCCAGAGCCGAGAGUAUCCAAGCGAAAGGGUAGGGAUGGCCAAAGCCACGAUAUUGACAACAGCACUUCAAAAACCUUGGCCUCCUGGACGGGAAGUCCAGGGUCUUCGCGCAGCCAUGCACCGAGACAGGUUACCCCAGCACAAGGAUUUGCUGCUACUUGCAACGCCAAACUUGAAAAUCUUCCCACAGGGGACGACUUGCAUUUUCUGCUCAUAUCUGAAAUACAGACGGUGGCGAAGACUAUCCGUGACGACAGGCAUCGAAGGUACACGUUCCAGGACUGGGCGUGGUAUUUGCGUUUGAUCGGCGAGGACGAGCGCGACCCAGACGCCCAUCGUGAGGUGAGGACGAAAGAGCGAACGAGGCCGAUAAACAAGAUCGGUUCAGCAGGGACAAAGAUGCUCCAUCGUCAGCCGAGUGUGCAGCGACAUGAUGAAGACGACGAGAACCAGACUGAGCGGAACCAGCAGCCAACUAGAAACAAUGCCUCUCCGCUUAAAUGGUCAUGGGUUGGGAAUCAAAGCCCUCUGCUUAGCAGGAAAGAGGAGAGCGAGUGGAUAUUGGAGAGGCUGUUGGAGAGGUUAAGGGAGCUGCUAUGGGAAACCAGCAGACAGCAUCAGGAUAAUGUAGUUGAAUCGUCGUGA